GGUUUUGCAGAUAAUUGCAGCAUUUUUACGGUUCACUUUAAAAGACAGAGGUAUAGGGAGGUUUCAUGGCGGAUAAUCCUAACACCUUCACUUGUCAACCCAAGUGGUUGAACCAUCUCGACGGAGGAUUUAUGGACUUUCUAGACUUCUCUUCCUAUUGGGUUUCAGGGGUUACUCGAGAAAGCUCAGUGAUCCGUAGACAAGAAGACACCGAAGCUUCACAUCUCUAGAUUUUUUUAGCUUCUUCCUUUUAAUCCUCAUUUUUUUUUCCUUCCAAAAAUCCUUCUUUGAGCUUUUUGGGUUUUCGAGAUUUUGAUUGGGGCGAUGGCUAUACCUAUGGCUGCUGCAAGUUGUGGUGUUCUUUCUGGUAUGAGAAUUGUUGAAAACCGUUUGUUUUAUGUGGGUUUUCCAAGAUGCUUCUUUCAGUUGAAUGCUCGUCGAUGCCGGGUUCUUCAGAAGGGAAGGAUUUCGCGAUCUGUAGCUGCAAACAUUCCACAUUCUUCCGCAACUGCUUUGGAGGAUGGAAGUUCUACUGAGACUGAUAAAAUUCCUACUCCCAAAGUUAUAAUAGAUCAGGAUUCAGAUCCAAAUGCAACUGUUGUAGAGAUAACUUUUGGUGAUCGCCUCGGAGCUCUUCUUGACACGAUGAAUGCACUUAAGAACCUUGGACUAAAUGUUGUCAAGGCAAAUGUCUUCUUGGAUUCUUCUGGGAAGCACAAUAAGUUUUGUAUCACUAGAGCUGAUACAGGCAGGAAAAUUGAGGACCCUGAGUUGCUAGAGGCCAUACGCUUGACAAUUAUCAACAAUAUGCUCCAGUAUCAUCCGGAAUCCAGUGCUCAAUUAGCAAUGGGAGCAGCCUUUGGAAUUGUACCACCUGAGCAGCAGGUUGAUGUGGACAUUGCAACCCACAUAAAUGUCUAUGAUGAUGGUCCCGAUCGAAGCUUGCUCUGUGUGGAGACUGCUGAUCGGCCUGGAUUACUGGUAGAUCUUGUCAAGAUCAUAACUGACAUAAACAUUGCAGUUGAGUCAGGAGAGUUUGACACUGAGGGGCUUUUGGCCAAAGCAAAGUUUCAUGUCAGCUAUCGUGGUAAAGCGCUCAUCAAGUCCUUGCAACAGGUUAUUUCUAAUAGCUUGCGAUAUUACUUGAGACGGCCAACUACUGAGGAGUCAAGCUUUUGAGCUACUGAGCCAUUUUUAUAGUGCACCCAUAUUUCAUUGAGGGUUACAUGCUCAAAA